UUUAUGCCAAUCUUUCAUAGGUUUUUUUAAAUACCAUACAGUACACUAUAACCAUUUCUUAACUGUGACGAACGAACCCCUCUAUUUCUUACUUAUAAACUCUCUUACAUCGAAACCAUGACAACUGAAUUGCCAAAUGCUUUGUUUCCUUCAACGUCUGAUUAUGCACAGAGAAAAAAAUUUAAUCGACAGUUUGUGACAGUCGGGAUGAUGCAGUUCAUCAUAGGAAUCGGAUGUGUUGUGAUUGGAGGAAUCUUGACUGCUAUCAGUUCAGCCUAUCUCGUAACCUGUACCACAGUUGCCGGAGGACUAACUUUCAUCGUUGCUGGGUGUUCAGCAUUUGCAACUGGAUAUCCGUUCAAUAAUGUCAUAAUGAUUUUUAGCAUUGUGGUGACGUCUCUAUCAGCAACGUUCUCAGCAAUCUUAACAAUUCUAGGCGGUUUGCGGUUGGCAAAUACAAUUGAUUAUGGAUAUUAUGACCAGGAUGACUUCAACGUUUGGGCGUCGAGAAUAUUAUGUGGGGUGAGCGGUAUAGAGUUUAUUACGUCGUUGGUUCAUUUGGUUUUAUGCUCUCAAGAGUUAUGCUGUUCAACAAAUCAGAUUCCUCCUUCGGGACCAACGUUGAUGGCAUUACAUGCGCCCAUGGUUGCUGCACCACCUCCAUACGAACAAUCAUCGGUUCCAUAUAAACAGUUUACUGAUGAUCCUGUUGAGUAGAAUAAAAUCCAGAUAACAAGAUCAUCAAGAAAUUCGCAAUUAUACAAAUAUAGUCAAAUAUCAAUAACUUCGUGAAUUGAACAUCAACGACGAAUAAAUGACUAAUAGGCCCUGAUUGUUUUUUCACAUUGUUUAUGCAUAUAUCGUUUUUUUAUUGUUAUGAUACCUUUGUUUCGUAUUGUGCUACUAUUUCAAAUUUAUUGCUGAAAUAAAUCAAAACCAAUUGUU